ACGUUCGCAUAAAAACAUCCAAGGUUAUCCGAAGAAAUUAAAUAUUUAUGUUUAUAUUUUUUUCCUGUACAUGUUAUUCCUGGAAAAGGUCCUGAUAAAGUUACACGUUUCUUAAACAAUACGUUGCAAAAUAUGGAUUCCUUGUGGUUUAAUAUUGGGCUAGCUUUUCUAUGUUUGGGAACAGUUUUAGUAAAUUGCAAAUCUGUAAAUGAAAUGCAAUUUCAGCACAUGAAAAAAGUAUUAGAUGAAUCCGAGUUGGAUAAUCUUCGUCAAAGGAAUGAAGUAUCGGCAGUUUAUUAUUAUAAACGUGAUAUUCCACGAUUGAAAGGAUUUCUCAAAGAGUUAGACAAGACAGCAGAAUAUUUAAAAUUAUAUGGAGUGGAAGUUGGAUUUUUUGAUUGUGGAAUUCUACAUGAAGCCAAAGAACCAAAGUGUAAUGAGCAUAAUGCCGAGUUCCAAAUCUUUACAUACCGUAGUAACCAUGUUCUGUUGGAACUGGGAUUAGAGACUAUGUUUGAUGUUAAUUCUAUCAUGUCCAAUAUUUUACAAUUAGUUUUGAUCCAUGAUGUACCAAUAUUACAGUCUGUGGAAGAGAGGAUAGAAUAUGAAAAUAAAUACAAGGGAGAGAAGGAUAUACUGUUUACAUACCAGAAAGCUAUAGGCACAUUUGAACAUAGGAUCUUCAUGGAAGUGGCCUUUGCUUAUCAUGAUAAAUUUAAGUUUGCUGUGUGCACUAAUAAACAGGCUGUACAAGAUCUUAAAGACAGUUCCUUCAGUCCAUCAGAGAAGUCUAUAUAUGUACUUAGAUGUAAAAAUUGGACAGAGAAAGAUCUGAAAUGUCCCUAUUUUAAAUACAGCAAGAAAUAUGAUCUAGCAACAUUAGCUAGCUUUGUCAAGAGUCUAACAUACCCAAAAGUGUUUAUGAUGCCAUCUGAUGGUAUGGAGAUACCCUUCUAUAAAGAUAAAGGACUGCCUGUAGGAUAUUUCUUCUACAACAAAGAUUCUAAAGACAUUGUUUUAAGUGCAGCCAGUGACACAGCUGAUGCUUUCUUCACAAACAUGGGAAUAGUUGCUGUUGAUGUAGACCGUUUAUCAACUGAAGAAAAAGGUGAACUUGAUUUUCAUGGAAGUUUUCCUGCUGUAGCAUGUGAUAAAAGAAAUAUGGAAAAGCCAGUAUUUAUGGAAGGCAAUUGGGGGAAAUUACAGGUAAUUCAUCAAUUCCUGAUAGGACAACUUAACAAACAAGAUCCUCAUGAAUCUGAUAGGCAGAGUAUUUCAAGUGAUGAUUUCAUCUCGUCUGAAGAUAUGGAUGAAGAUAGUGAACAAUUCAGUGAACAAGAUUUCGAACAGUUUGGGGAUGAUGAAAUUGAGGAAGUUGAGACUCAAGAUGAUGCUGUAGCUGAGGCGGUGUACCAAUCAAGGAGGAAACUUCCACAAGUGGAUUUAAUAGAUGCUCUGACUGACAAAACUUUCCCUACCACAAUUAAAAAUAAAGAUCUGGUCUUUGUUUUGUUUUAUCUUCCAUUUGAUGACAAGAGUAUGGCAUUCUUGUAUGCUUAUGCUGAUGCUUCUAAAGAGAUAGAGAGUGACCCAGCUAGACCUCUGACCCGGGUCAACUGUCAUGAUUGGACAGAUGUCUGUGGUAAUGAAAAGAUUAACAUAUAUCCCACCAUGAGGAUGUACCGUAAUGGAAAGAUGUUGAAGGAUUACAAAGGGUUGUUAGAUAGCAAAGCUGUUGUUACAACUGUCAAAUUGCUCAAUCAGUCUAACCCAGUAAAUUUAGUAGAUUCAACAUCAAUCAUGGAUUUGAUGAAUGGUGUAUUACCAAAUAGUAAACAGGUUGUUACCGAAACUGUUGUCAUGGCAUUGUUAGAUAAGUCACAUCAUACAGAAUUAAAAGUAUUUAAAAGUGUAGCCAGUCAGCUAGAAGAUACUAUGACUUUUGCCUACAACAAUGAUGGAGCUGCCAGUAAAAUACCAGACUUUAAACUUAAAGUUCCAUCUAUAGUUGUACUAAGAAGGUCUGACAUUCUCAAACCACAUGUAGUAUAUAUUGGUAAAUUAGAAGUUACUGAAAUGAAGGAUUUUAUAAUCAAAGCCAGUAUCCCAUCUAUGCCUGAGUUAACAGUGGAAUGGUUUCCAGCGCUGUACAGACAACAGAAGCCAUUUGUAAUCUUGUUUCUAGAUGAGUACCAGGAAUCAGCUAGACUGAAGAAAGUCAUGGAGGAGAUAGUUUUAUCUAGCAAAUUGCCCAUGCUUCAAUUUGUUUGGAUGAAUGCUGAUUCCAAGUCUGUUGGUAGAUCUGUUUUAAAUGAAUAUGAUAAAGAUAACAGGGUACCAGAAAUAUGUUAUGUAGAUCUGAAAAAGGGAAUUGUAUUUAAUAACAAGGAUGAAUAUCCAGUGGAAGAUAGCGUUUCUGUAUGGUUGACCAGUGUCAUGGACGAGAAAAUUGAACCAUCUAAGGUAUUAGAACAAGGAGACUGGAAGCCAAAGAAGCAUGGUUAUGAUUUCCUGUCAUUAAUAGACAAAGAAAAUGAAAGAAAGAAGAAAAAGAAGCAUAGAAAUCAGGGAGAAAGAAUUGUAGAGGAACAUGGUGUUGGUUUUGAUAAAGAUGGGAGAGAAAUUAAUGAAGAAGAAGUAAGAGCUAAGGUUGAGGCUAAAAAUCUGGACUCUGAGGAGGAUGAAAUAAGAGAAGAAUUGGUGGCCCUUCAUAAAACACGCCUUUAUAAAUCCGGUGGAGGAAGAAGGCAUAAGGAUCAUCCUGAAGGAAAUGAGGGCAAAGUUACCUCCCCUCCUGAAGUGGAUAGAAAAUAUAAGCCAACUGCAGAUUCUGCCAGUCAUCAAGGUCAAAAGUCAAAGGAACAUAAAUCAAAACAUACUGAGUUAUAAGUUUAGGAAGAACUUGUGUAAUUCACACUUUUAUCAUUAAGUCCAUAUGAUCUUUCAACAUACAACGUCAAUCAAAAUACUGUCAAAAACAGUUUUUAUUUUUUUUAGAUUUGUAGAAAUUCUAUAGAAAUAUGACUGCUAAAAAAUUUAAAAGUAUUAUAAUUUAUAGUUAUGUCCUAACUGUUGCCAGGUAAGUUAUAUAAAAAUGGCAUCCUUCCAUAAUUUUAAUGUUUAUAUAUGAUUCAAUGGUGAAAAAUAAGGUUUGAAUGACAGUUACCUUUUGUGUCAUCCUCAAGUUUGAGUCUCAGUUUGAAGCAGGAAUAUAUCUGGCAUUCUAAUGACUAUAUUGGAAAUCUUGUUACUAGUAAAGUUAUUCUGUCUCUUUCUUUAUUGUUAUUGUUUAAUGGUUUGUUUUGUGCCAUUAGUUUUGAAAUCUGAUGAUCUGUGAAAUCUUUUUACAUACUACUCAAUUUUAAGUUGAAAUUUAAAGGUAUAUUUUUUUCUUUGAUAUAAAUUAGCGAUAAAGAUAUAUAUUUAUGUACUGGUUUGUUUAUUAUGUUGUUAUGUUUACAAUAGAUUUUCUGUGAGUGUUAUUUAUUCUUUCCCCCACCAAGUCAUUACUAUUAUGUAUUCAAAAGUUUUCAUACAAAAAAAUACGCCAGAAUGAGAGGGGCCAAACACAAUUGUAUGUUUAAAAUGAGCAACCUUGAACUACGCAAAUCUUUUUCAAUUUUUUUUUACUGUUAAAAUUUUGAAAACAACAAAAAUAUAGAAGGAUUAUAUUUGUUCUUGUUUGACACAUCUACAAAUACACUUUUGUCUAUGACUAGGUGCAAUAUAUUGUGUGUAUACAUGCAUAUUAUAUUAAGUUCAGCUUAAAAAAAACCAACAGUGAUUUUUUAUUUAUUCCCUUAAUGAUAUAAUUUAUAAUUAUAUAUGAAUCAUUGCUUAUACUUUAAAGUAGCCAUAUUACUAGUUGGUAAGAUUUGUUUAUACAUUUCUUUAAAAAGAUUCAGAGAUAAAAAAAACAAAAUAACUUUGUUACCUUUUGCAUUUUUACAUUUUAACUUUUAUUCUUAAAAAUAUUUGUUAUAGUCUCUACAAGACAACUUUUCUAUUUUUGGUAACAAUUUUAUGUUUUUUUAGAAUUAGUAUUUAAAAAUUGGCUGCAUUUAGUCAAACAGGGCUUACAAUAUUUGACACUUCAGUGGCAGAUCCAGAAAUUUUCAUAAGUGGGGCCCACUGACUGACCUAAGAGGGGGCCUGCUCCAGUCACCCUUCAGUGAUUCCCUAUAUAAGCAACCAAAUUUUUUCCCAAAAAGGGGGGGCGGGCCCCCUAGCACCCCCCCCUAAAUCCGCCUCUGCUCUUUUUGGCUCAAAGCCAGAGUAUCGAUUUAUAGGAGCAUUAUACUGACCGCCAUCUACAAAAAUGCAGGACAUUGUAUAAAACCUCUUCUCAUAGUUUUUCAAGUUCACCAACAGAUAUUAAUACAGUUGCCAUGUUGACCAUUUCAAAUACAGCAUAAUAUGAAUUCUUCUGUGAUUAGUUAAGUUUGUAGUAAAUUAGUUAUUAUUUAUUAUACUUUAAAAGUAAAGUGGUUUUGGAUAUUUUUUUAUAGAUGUGUAUGUAUACUCUUGUUGAAAUAUAGUUAAUGAUUUAUUUUUUUAUGUUAUUUAUAUUUAUUUAUCACCAAUGAUUUCAUCUCCACACAAUUUAUAUAUGAAAUCCUAAAUUUCUUGAAAAAAAAUGAAAGAACUAUAAUUAUAAUCUGUCAUCUAGUAUCAUUAUGUAAUAACUUUAAAUUAAAAAAAAAUAGCAAAAAAUUAUCAAAAAAAUACAUCUCUAAACAGUAUCAAAAAAGGAUAGAAAAGUGUCAAUAUCAGGGUCUUUAAAUUAGAGAAUAACUGAAUUGUAAGAUAUCAUAAAACAUAACAAAGCAGAAUUGUAUGUUGACAUUCUACCAAAAUGUAUGUUUAUUUAAGGUUUUAAGUAUUUGAGAUUAUUGAUGUUUUUGAAGUUUUGUUAAAGAUUUCCUGCCACAGUAUCUACUUUUAACCAACUCAUGGUUAGAUAUCGGGUAAGGAAUCGUUAAAUUGUAUUGAAGUACUGCUCUUAUUAUAAUACUGAUGUAUUUUGUUUUUUUAUUACUAUUUAAAAUAUAUAAUUGUUUACAAUUUUCAAAAAAAAAAUUCUACUCAGAAGAUGCACCCUUUUGGAACCAUUUUGAGAACUUAAUGCAUCUUUUUUUUCUUUCAUUGACUUUACAGAAUGAAAUCUAAAGAGUAAAUGUAUUAGACAAAAUAAAUCAGUGGGUGUUAUAAAUGAAAUUCUGCCAUAUACAUUGUAUGAAACAACUAAACUGCUUGAAUAUGAAUGAUAAUGGGACACAAGUAAUCAUCUAUAUUUAUAAUUGCAGGCUUUUCUAUACAUUGUAGUAGCAUUAAACAAAUGUGAACUGAAUAAUUAUUUGUAUGUAUAAAUUUUGAUGAUAUGAGGAUAAAACAUUUUGGUACCAACAGUGUGUAUAAUGUCUCAAUCUUUUGUUAACUUUACUGAAAACUAUCAGGAAAACUUGACAUUCCAAAUAAAAGAAGAAGUAAACCCGUG